AUGGUCCCUUCGGAUGUACCUCGGGUGAAUAAAAAAAACGACACGGACUGUACCGAAUCACAUGCAAAGCAGAACCUUUAUUCAGAGAGCGCGCCCGGAAAGUUGGAGGCACAAAGCACAGGCAAUGACAAUGACCUGUACACUGAAAUGUAUUUAAGCAGCGAAAGUGAGUCGGACGACGAGGCCACUGUAGUACUUUCAGAUCAUGGCACGCCAGAAGUUCACGAAGAUGAGUCACAUUAUAUUACAACCCAUGAAAUACAGCUUCUGGAGUUAGACCAUGAAGUGGAUUAUGACUUUGAGACGGGUUCUAGCUGGGAUGUUGAGGAUGAUCAUCAGGUCUACUCGUUUGUCGAUUAUGCUUUUUUUGAAUGUGAUGAAACGAAAGUGACAAAACAGACAGGCACGAAAAGCCACCAGGGACAUGCCGAUACAAGCGUAGCAGUGAUCAGCAGUCAGCCCGAAAGCAAUCUUUGUGACAGCGACAAAUGCGCCAGUUCAAACGAAAGCCUGUCAAAACAACAGAACACCACCGGGCAGAUUCGGCUAUCUAUCAAAGCCAAUUCCCGUGCUAUAAAUGAGCCAAGUAAAAUUAAUGGCAAACUUUCUGAAGAUAUUAGUCGCUAUGUUUUGAAAGGAGUGGAUGCCAAAGGCGACAAAGUAUGUGACAACGCAAAGUGCUUUAUUGCUGUCCCGGGGCGCUUGCACUUUGGUAGCAAACUGAAAAGUAAAGAUGUAAAUGAUUAUUCAAGCGGUGCAUCCAGCGCAGUGAGCGAGCUUGAUGAUGCAGAUAAAGAGGUGCGCAAUCUCACAGCCAGAUCCUUUAAAAGUUUGGCAUACCCUUAUUUCGAUGCAAUUAAUUUCAGUACCUCCAGCGAGUCUUCCACAUCAGAGCAUGGGCUGGGAAUCAACAGGUGGUCGACGUUUGUUGACCUGAAGUAUGGAAACGUAAGCAUGUCUAACGGACGAGAUCAAAGUUUGCUUGCCCAUAAAGGCUCCACAUCAAAUUUACAUUUCGCCAAAAAUACGGACGGUAAGGGGAUAACGGGGUUGACAUUAACAAGUAUGCGAGCGCCCCCCGGAGAGAUAUUUGCUCUCAACGGCAAUUUAGUUGGCCAUAAAAACGCAUCAUCAAGAACGAAAAAGAUUGAGCUUAUGGGAAAGUUUUCCCAAAGUCAAAGUGGAGUCAUAAGACUGACUGAAACCUUAAAUUUUCGUUGUAAUGUCAAAUCUGGGCAGCCUGGAAACGAAAGUCGUGUGAAAUCUGCACAAAAUCCUGGAGGAUCAUAUUUCACAGAUGAAGUUACAAACACCUUGCCAAGCGCUCAGGGGAGUGAGGCUAGGAAGCAACCCUGUAAUACAGGGGAAACCAUGGAGGAUACACACAAGAAAGCAGUAUUCGCAACGAGUCUCCUUAAAAAUGUAAUUUCUAAGAAAAUGCAGUUUGAGCAGGAGCGCAAAAUGGAGAGGGGCGAGAUAUGCGAAACCCACCACGCACCCUCUCCUUGUUUUGGGUCGCACGAACAUGAAGUGCAGAAGGAGAAAGUGACAAGGAAAAAUUCCAAAAGGCUGCAGAGGCAGUGUUCGAGAUUCUCAGAGGCUGACUCUGACUACUCCAUCGUUUGCGUGGAUGAACUUGGCGACAUAGUUGACAGUCAUUCAAGUGAAGCCAAAUACGACAGUCGCAAAAAAGAGAUUUUGACUAGUGCAUCAGAAGCGAUUAAAGAGUCGACGAAUGAAGCUGCGAAUGAUACUAAAAAAGGAGCAUUCGAAGCUUCCAAAGGCACGCUGCUACGAAGCCAAAAUAGCGCGUUCAGAUCGUGGAAGGACGGCGAGGUAGAGUUUCAAAAGGAACAUGAAAACGAUAAAACUCACGAGGGUAAACUGGCACCGCCGGAUGAGUGUCCGAGGGAAACGAACGUGUACUUAAAUUCGGCGACCAGCAAGCACACUAAAAUGUCACAUUUGUUUGUGCCGAGUAUCCAGCUUCCGUACUGUGAGAGGGAUUUCGGGAAACCGCCGCCGAAUAUGAUUUAUUCCGUGCGCGAUCAAGGAGGAAUCAGUGGAACGAAAUUACGCUCAAACACCCUGUACAUUUCAGACGCUACGCGCAGCGCAAUAACAUCAAAGUCACCAGAAAUUAAAAUAAGUUUACGGAGCGUAAGGGAUAACAAAAGUGACCCGUUCAACAUUGCAAAGCUGCUGACUACCAAUAUAGGCUAUAAACCAGCGGUCCAGAUAAAGACAGCAGAUGACACCAAAUGCCAAGCGCUCGCCGCUGCAUUAAAGGGUGAGUCGUCUGACAAAGUACCUCACUUCAUAGUCAGAGAUAUUAGAGAUAACAAGGGCAAGCUACAGACACCUAUACACCAAGUUAGAGACGUGCGUAAAUUAGUUAAAAGCUCGUACCACUUUGUGUCUUUAGAUAGCCAUGACAGUUCCACCCAUUUGAUCGCAGAAGCAGACAAGACAGUAAAGCAGAGCUCAAACUUGAAUUCAGCAUCUCUCUCGCCCAUAGUGAUUAAAUGCCAAUCCGUGAAUACAAAUAGCAACGUAAAGCGUUCAGGAAAUGUAAUAGACAAAUCCAAGCGAAGACUUAGAGAGGAUGUAUUUGAGCACAACGCGUCUUCGCCUCAAGUUCCAAUAGAGGGCGCCAAAGAUGGGAGUACGCCAAUCCAAAAGAUAGGUAACAGAAUGUCUUUAUUCAGCCCUAAACAAGAUGUGACAGCUGGAUUUAGAAUUGAGGCAAUAGCAAAAAAACAAGACAAAACAAAUGAUUUAGGAGAGAAAAAAACUGAAACUAAGAUGGCCAACCAGGCUGCUUUGGAGAAAUUGCAAGCUGCUGUCAAAACCAUGGAGCAGUUAUACGUUUUUGACAAGAAAGAAUGGAAGAGAAAAACAGAGCCACGAAGAAUAACGGAAAGUCACGUGCUCUCGCUUAUUGCCAGCGAGGAGCAUGGAGGAACUUUGGAGGAACCACAAAGCAAUACUAGUUCUGCUCACACAGCAAACACAUACAAGAACGUGGGACAAGAUUCAAACAUAAAGAAAACCUCAUCUCUUGGACCUUCAUUAACCCAGUCUGAGAUGCCAGGAAAAAAAGGAGACAAGCAGACCCCCAAGUCACCCACCACCCCAAUCACCCAUGAAGGGAGAAAUGGCCCUAAAGCUAUCAUGCAUCUAACAGGAACACCCAAUAAAACUUCAAUCCCAAGUCACAGUCAAAAGCCUAUAGCCCCAGCAAGUUCCAUAAAAGCAGCACAAACACAUGUCUCAUCAUCAGCAUCUAUCAAUUGUAAAGGCAUGACACCAAAGUCUUCAAAAACACCUGUUUUCUUAAAGAUAUCUCAACCAAAGCACGCUUCAGAGGACAUUGAGUGGCCAAAUGGCAGUGAGACUGAGUUUUCCCCUCUGCAGUUCACUUCUAAUGCAGAUGCAGAGAACUACCUAACCAUACCAGUGAAGCCUCAUGCCACAACCGCCAUAAAACCGUCCACAGCUGUGCUAGGGAAAACAGCCGAUAAUACAAUUCCAGCCACAAGAGUUAAAACCACCAGUCCACCAUCUUAUCUCAGUCAUAGUAAAGUUAGAGGACAUAAGGAGAGCCAUCAAUCCCCAAAGUGCUCAUCUAUUGUCAUGGAGACAUGGCCCCCAGAUACCCCUACUGCCACUGUUUAUCGUACAUCGCUGCCUGUUACGAUGCAAGCUGCUCAGCCUCAGGUGAUAUGUUUCUCUCCAACAGUUCAACCUCCUCCAGUCCCAACUGAGCACUUUCAACCCACCCAAAGAAAGAUGCUUUUGGAUCCCACUACUGGAAACUACUACUUGGUGGACACUCCUGUCCUUCAUGCCACCAGGCGUCUUUUUGACCCAGAAACUGGGCAGUUUGUGGACAUCCCUAUGCCUCAGCAGUCUCCAAUGACCCCAGUUCCCUUGCCAAUAUCCCCCCUUGCCCUCAGUCCAGGAGCUUAUGGCCAUACCUACAUGUUUUACCCAGGAUACAUGCCAACCACAAUGAUCCCUGCCUCUACCAUUCAGUCCCAGCUCUCUAUGCAGUCAGAAGCAGAUGAAGGGGAUAAAUCCCAUUUACACACGGGCCAGCAGGAUGACGGGGCCUACAUCGAGUGCCCUUACUAUAUGCCUUCUGGGAAGUCAUCGAAAACAGCAUCUGUGGCCCAACACAAUACCACCAACAGGUUAGCCAGCAGCAAGCAGCCUAUCAUCAGCAUCACUUCCCAGCAGGGGCCAAGGAUUAUCGCUACCCCAUCAUUUGAUGGCACCACCAUGAGCUUUGUGGUGGAACAUCGGUAAAGCCCCACUCCCCCUAGAGCUUACAGAACUAUGUCACCUUUUUAUGUCAACAAACUUGGAGUUUGUUUUAUUUUGUCCUGAACCUAUUCAUCAUGAUCUCCUCCAUCACAAAUAUAUUAAAGAUUUUCUUCAUCAUAGUGUUAUUACCCAGUUAUUAUUUGUGGCUGUCAAUUUUAUGCUUCAUUUUGUGUUUUAAAACUGCUUUGUCUGUCACUCAAAUCUUUUUGAAUGUGGUUGGAAAUUGUUAUUGAACCCAUGUUCAUAGUUCAAAGUAAUAUCAACCAAUAUGAAUCGGUAAAAUAAUUUAAAGAAUAGCAUUUUUUUAACUAUAUGACAAUUAAACACACAGUAUCCAUAUUACAUUUCAAAUCUGCACAGAAAUGACAUAUCCUCAUUAUUCAAUUAGGUGCUACUUUGUGCUAUCAACUUUGCCAGAAAAAGUACAUUCAUUUGAUCUCUUAGUCUUUGACUUCUUUGGUUCUUCUGCUGACCUUGAUUCACAGCACUCUUCUUCGAGAGGUGUUCUGCAAACUAAAUGUAUUACAUUACAAUUUUAUAUUGCAUAUUUUUGUCAUUUUACUUUUGCUAUUUUACUCGGUUGUAAUUGAAAAGACCAUCACAUUAACAUACAAUUCUGUGUGGAUGGUGUCGUGAAUGGGAUGUUUUAGAGGAUGGUCCUCUAUUUUAUUACAGUUCCAGAUGAAUAUGUGUGAAAGAAUGUGUUCACCAGAUCACUGUGAUUUGGUUUGAUUGGCAGGUUCUUCUUUUAAGGUAGCAGUGAUCAAUAAUCAAGGUCAAGUUCAAUUUAUUUCUGAUGAAGAUAUGAGAGAUGCAAGCAGAUUAUUUAGUAUUUUGGGGCAAAGCUUGGUAUUCCUAUUACAAAACACAGUUCACCUGUAGCAUCCUCUGUAGCAUCACUCUGCCCACAUGUCUGAUUUGGAUAAUAAGGUAUUUUGUAAAUAUUAAUAAGUAUUGUUAACUAUUUGAGCUAUAUAUUAAAUGUAACCUUGUGUUGUAUUUUAUUUGCUUAUUUGCUAUUUUUCUUUGAUUUUUUAAAGUGAAAUUGUAUUAAAUCUAUUGAAUAUUGUGUAUUUUUCCAACGCUACCCCUAUGCUGUACAUUAAUUUACAUUGUUUGCAGAUAUUUCAGAAGAAAUAGUUGGACAAGACAUUUCAGUUCCCCUUGAAACUCAUAUGAAAACACUUUUUUAUUUACAAAAGAACCAUAUAUAGCAAGUGCCUCAAGAACCCUAUUCAGUGAUGAAUGGUUCUUGAUUAGAAAAUAGUUAUUUGCUUAAUGUAAAGAACCUUCAAGUGUGUAUGGAUUAACUUUAUUUUUUAUGAAUGGAAACAAUUGAUUAUAGCCCAGUUUCAGAUAUUGCAUCAAAGUAAAUGCAUUUCAUUUUUCAUCUGCUCUACCAAACUAGAAAAUUUAACAACCUAUAUUAUUGCAAUUAUUUUGAAACUUUUCAAAUUGCAUUUGGGUUCUUUCUUUUUUCUUUCUUUGUGUUUUAGGGCUUUUGUGAAAACAAAUAUAUCAGUGUGGGAGCUGCUGGUCAGUCCGUUAAAUUGUAUUUAAGAAAGUUUGUUGUGCUGCUUUUCGGCUUGAGCAGAAUAUCCAGUAGGAUCAUUUCACUUUAGUGAAAUACAAACGUUUUCGUAAAAAUAUUUGAAAUCAGUGCACAUAUCUUAAAAUGUGUUUGUGUAGUACAUGCUGUAUGUUGAUCAUGUGUAGUUAUCUUUGUAUUCAGCACAAAGUUAACUUCUAGACUUCUAGUGAUGUAACCAUAGGGAGUCACUUGAUUUCCUAUAGGAAAGAAUGGAAUGAGUCACAUUUUAUUAAUAUUAAAUGUAAAUAGAAUAUCAAUGUGAGCAAUAAAAUGUUUAAAGGGUUAAAGGCAUGUGUGAAGAUUGGCAUGUUUACAUUCUAUUGUGUCUGCAGG